AUGCGCCGACUCUGCUUUCAGGUUGGUGCCUUUGCCCGGACGGGGCUGCACUGCCCCAGCCUUCGCUUGAACACCACGGCAACUGGCAAUGCGCCCCACGUUGAGGCGAAUGCUUCCACCUCCUCGUCAGCGCCCUCAGACGGUGAUGCCCAUGACGUGAUGGAGCGAGCCGCCGAGGCCCGCAGAGAAAUUCACGCGUUGUGGAUAUCCACGGAGGCGAUUCCGGACCCUGACAAGCGCGUGCGCUGUGUGGCCGCACUUAUUGAGAAGUACAACCUCGAUCCUGCGACUCCGCGUGAGAAGGAUGUAAGUCGUGGGCUGGGCGAUGCGUUUGAUCGGUUGUUGCUGCUUUGUCUUCCGUUGGGCAAAGACGCCACAAAAAGCACGAAUGACUUAGAACUUCUCAUGCACCUCGCCGGACGAAAUGGCAGGGAGCUGUCGGUGCGUACCAUUCAACAUCUUUUUGCGCGCACCGACUCCUUUAGUGAAGCGCUGGCCGUUUUCUACGCCAUGCGUCGAUGCCACGUGGCCAUGAACAUGGAGGCGUACUACGCUAUGCUGUACUCGUUGCAGCGACUCGAGGAGGAGGGCUGGGCACAGCGUUUCCGCGAAGAGUGCGAGGAGCAGGGAAGGAUCUCGGAACAGGCGAUGGACUUUGUACUGAAAGGGGUCAAUAAUGCUCUUCUUCCAGAGAACAAGCCCUGGCUUGGUCGGGUGAUGUUUGGGGACCGAGACAUACCGGCGCAGCGACGCGGGGCGGAUGACUAUGAUGCAUUAAGUGCCAUGUGGACGGGGCGUUACAGAGACAACAGUGCCUUUCCCAAUCCGUCUUGA